AUGGCUAUGCGCACACUUGAGAACGAUAUAAACCAGGCCAUCGAGGCAAAAAAGAUUGCUGGAUGUGUACUUCUAGCCGCUUCUCGUGAUGAUAGAUGCAACUAUAGCAAAGCCUUUGGUCGGCGGUCCAUGGAAGCCGAUUCACAGGCUUUGCGAACCACAGAUAUCUUUGCUCUGAUAUCUUGUGGUAAGCUUCUUGUAUCGAUUGCGACACUUCAACUUGUCGAGCGCAAAUUUAUAUCCCUCGACACCGAUGUUGGUACUCUGAUACCCGAAUUGGCGUCCCAGUCUAUUCUUACUGCAUUUACACAUGAAGGACUCCCUGUGCAACAGAAGCGAGGAAAACCGAUUCGGGUACGACAUCUUCUUACCCAUGCGGUUGGUUUGCCAUAUUUCGACCCUUUAUUGCUUCAAUACUUCGAGAGCCAGGGGAUAACACCCAUGCAGCAGACCACAGUGAUCCAGCGAUUUGCCGUGCCACUGCUAGCUGAGGUUGGAGCAAGUUUUCACUACGGCUCUUCCUUUGAUUGGCUGGGUAGGAUCAUUGAGAUUUUUACUGGAGUCUCUCUCGAUACUUAUGUCCGGAACAACAUCUGUAACCCUCUUGACAUCAAAGACAUCUUCUUCUCCAUCCAGAAUCUGGAUCAAGUGCAAGAGAGACUUGUGUCUACCUCAAUGCUGGCAGAAGGUGGCGUAAUGAAACCCAAUACGCAAGGCUCCAUUAACGAUAUCAUCACCGAAUGUUUUGGUGGGCAAAGCGGACACGCAAAUCUUGAGAGUCUUCUCACAGUUCUGAAGUCCCUUACCGCCAAUGACGGGAGAUUGUUGCAGCAGGACACGGUCGAUAUGAUGUUCCAGCCCCAGCUUGGCGAAGAAAGUAAACUGGCAUUGAGCAAGCAAAUCAAGGAGAGAUCGGGGCUGGUUCACUUGUUCACUGAUCUAGAAGAUGGCGACUAUGACUGGAACUUUGCCGGAAGGGUUAGACUACAAGAUGGUAAGCCCGACUUUACAGACUGGUUUGGAAUGAUGAAUACACACUGGUUCAUAGAUCAUAAGCGUGGUAUCUGUGGUAUCUUUGGUACUCAGUCCUUGCCUAUGGGCGAGCCUGAAUCUAUGGAGCUGUGCCGUAGAUGGGUGCAACAGACGACCAGCCAGUGA